AUGGAACAUGUGACCAGCAUUGAAAAGAUUGAAAACAAGACUCUGAUGUACAAAAGGUUAGGUGUAGAAAGGUUCGACAGUAUGAAGACAAUCGUAUUUGCUUUCGUAGCACUGUUGGCUACUGCCAACGCACGGCCUCAAGAAGUCGAGACCGCAGAUUCCAGUUUUAUUAACGAGAUUGUCGUUGAGCUCGUCGACACUGUCAUUGAGCUAAUCAAGGAGCGCGGACUUGACCCAUACGUCGUUGAGGUGGCUGAAGGAGAAUAUCCUGUUGAGGGUAUUCUCUUCGCCAACGGUAGCGUCGACAACUUCAUGUUCUCUGGCCUCAGCAACAUUGUCGUCAAUUCUGUCAGCUUCUCGGGCUCUCAUUUAGACAUCGACAUCUCAUUGCCUAGAAUUGUUACCAGUGUGGAAAAUGUCGUUGGUGACGUGAAUUUAUGGAGCAGAUCCAUUCAAGGUGAAUUUAGUGGAAGCAUAGCUAUUGUUGACCUUCGCUUGGCCGCACGUGUUAGCCUGGGACUCCCUGAAUACCUUUUUGAUGAUUUGAACCUCUCAUGUCAACUCGGGGGAAUUGAAGCCGACUUCAAUUCCUUCGUUAUCCAAGGCCGUGACGUCACUGAUAGUGUUAAUAACUUCUUCGGAAACACCUAA